AUGACAGAACCAGCAGCCAAGAAGAUGAAGAUCACACCACAACAAGAACAUUCCAUCAACUCCAUUCCAGAUGAUGUGUUUAGUCACAAGAUUUUCCCAUUCCUCUCCGGAAAUGAUUUAUUUAACAAUCAAAGAUUGGUUUGUUCAUCAUGGAAUAAUCGGGUGCUUGCUACCAGAUGUUCCAUUAGAGUUUGUUUGACUGAUGAAGAAUCUAUCCGAAAGUUUAUUGCUAGUGCAGAGGGAGGUUUAUUCAAGAAUGUUGUUGGUCUUGUUUUGAGAGCAGAAGGUUUUGGAUCAACAUCAUUUGAAAAGAUUGUUAAUCUUGAUUGGCCAUGUUUGACAGCAUUGGAUGUGUCAGAUAAUGAUAUUGGCAGUGCUGGUAUUGAACAAUUAUCGAAGGGUAAUAUUAAAGGACUCACCUCAUUGAAGAUAUUUAACAAUAAUAUUGGUGAGGAGGGUGCUAAAUUUGUAUUGAGUGGUAAUUUGAGUGGAUUGACCACAUUGAAUUAUCAAAGUGUGGCUAGAAAGGGACAAGAUAAGUUUUUUGCCAUGACUGAUCACUUUUGUGGAGAUACUCCUUUUACUGUACAUAGUUUUGAUAACAGUGAUGAAUUCACUGAAUAUAUCUUUAAAUAUUACCUUGAUUAUUGGAAACACUAUGGAAGUGACUCAUUGGAUCUUGAUGAUUAUGAACAAGAGGAUGAUGAAGAACCAAAUGAACCAAUUUUGAGAGAAAAAGUUUAUGCAUUGACAUUUGGCAAAAUUGCUGACAUGGCAGUUAAUGAAGUUGGUGGAAUGGUUUUCAAUGAAUGUGAAAGAGAGAGUAUUGUUGCUACCAUCUAUGGACAAGAGCUUACUGCAGAACUUUUGAGUAACUCUGAUGAGUCAACUCCAUUUGUUAUGGAUAUAAAAUCUUCCUGUAACCAUGAAACGAUACAAAUUAUUGGAAAGUCCAAGUUUUUGAAACAUGUUGCAGAAUACUUGGGUGGUGAAGAUGAGGACGAAGAUGAGCAAAGUGAUGAAAAACUAUUCGAAAGGAUUUCUCAAAAGAUUGGAGAAAAUAUUGCUUCUGAUGAUGGUGACGAAUGCCUUGUAGCAGUUUGCAUUGGUGAAGUUAUCAAUUGUGAAUUUGUCUUACUCAAGUAA